AACCUAGAGAAGACAUAGCCUCAGAAGACGCAGGUAACGAUUCUUCGAUAACAAUGUGGAUCGAUACGAUAUUUGGGAGCGCUGUGGAGUCAACGUAAACGAUAAACCAUACUAGUGGCAGACAUCAAAAUGUGUGUGAAAAAAUGGGGCCUGUGCGACAAUCUCAAGAACAAACCCCUGCGAUCGGAUGAUGGCAGCCCCCCUGGCCAUGAAAAAAGAGCGCAAGAAGCUAGGACGACAGCAAGGGGCGACAACAUAAAUGCAAGCAACUCAUGCUCACUUCUAGGUACUAUCCAGCCAUUCUUUGGCUAUGUCGAAACUACGGGCGAUGCCCUUCGCCUCAUACAAGCAGCUCGUUGUGGGCUGAUACCUCGAGUUACUCGUCGAUUGAACGAGCUUGAACGGCGGGCUAUGAUCCGUAGCGGUGCCGUCUUCGUGUUCAGCGUCGACGAGAGCGGCAUCAAAAGGUGGACCGAAGGGCUCCAAUGGAGUCCAAGCCGAAUAGCAGGAAAUUUUCUUGUGUACAGAGAAGUAACUGAACGCGCUGGAGGCAGAGGUGCCGGGAGAUCCGGAAAGCCCGAUGGCCUACGAGUGGAUACCCAAGGUGCAAUCAAACCCAAAGGGCUAACUAAGAAGACAAUUACUAUCAAGAUUCAGGGCUCAGACCACCAUCUCAUAUGUUAUUUCACGCCGGAAGACGUUGAGUCCGGGUGUCUCCAACGGCCAUGCAGUAGACAGGACAUUAUGAGCUUGGAGAUUCCUCAAGAGCUCGUGCAAUCCACCAACUUUCGCUACCCUCCCAAGAUCGAGACCGGUCCCGACGGAAAACUUAUACGAAUUUUUGAUUCAGACGAAAGCGCUCACCUCACUGACCGGUCGUCGGGUUCACCUGUUGAUUCGACAAGGAGCGGGCUACCACGAUCAAGAGGAUCGCCAACAUCUUAUGGGCUCCCCUCUCCAACCUCCGCGGAUGAACUAUACAGUUCAUCUCCCAUAGGUUCACGACACUACGGUACCUCCUAUGCGCCGGCCGUCCAGCACAGUCGAUCGGAACCCGUUCCACCAACAUCUGCAGCCAUGAAUUCGCACGCGAUGCACGCUUACUACACUCCUCCCCUUUCGUCGCACCAGUUACCAUCCCAGCCGGCUACCACGGAAUGGCAGUCAUCACAAUAUCUGUACGACUCUCCAACCGAGACAUCAUCCCCGAUGAGUCUGUCGUAUUCCCCGGAAGCGAACCACGCGUACUUUCACCCGACUGCCGUGCAUCAGCAAAGCAGUUGGGAUCAGCAGACAUCGAUUCCGCCCCACGUUGAGGGAUAUUCAAGUCUGAACGCCGGGCAUGCCCUCAGUACGCACACAUUAGACGCGGCCAUGGGUGCCGUUCAUGGGCAGCCUCCCACCACUGUGUCGUCUCUGCCGUCAUCUACGUCCCACAACCUAGGUCUGCCCACGAUACGGAGGCGAGAGCACAUGCGCACUCGUUCGGGUCCAUCCACGUGGUUGCUGGACCAUCACAGCUCGACGCCAACCCAAUACCGGGUUUCAGCUUCGAUGCAAGGACUCUCUGGGUAUCACCAAUCAGUCGCACAAACGUCAGCAUUCCAAAUGGGUCCUUCCAGAGAUGCCGAAGCGAGAGGGUACGGAAAUUGCGUGAGACACUAAACACUGUUUGGUUUAUCUCCCCUAGUCUAUACUUACAUUAUAAUGAACUGUGUCCAUAUCU